AUCAACUGAUGCGACCUUGAAUUAUACUUAAAAGAGCUUAUCUCGACUUCAAACUCGCUUCACCAUCAUCGAACACGCAGUGCAACAGCGCAGAAUGGACCGCAGCUUCGAUAUCACGACGGAAACGGGCGCUGCGUCGAUUCACGGCGGCAUCAUUCCCCUAGAACCCCUCAAUCCGAAAGCGAAGAUAAGAACAGCCAAUCAAGCCAGCACCAACAAUGACAGCGACACGCAACUGAACCCUCCAGUUCCCGAAGAGGAAAAUGCUUCAAGCGCACAAGACUCAAAUGGUCUGGGGAUAUCCAGGACAAGAGGUGUCAUUGUCAUCGUCACUCUUGCGGGCAUCAGCUUUCUCAAUACCAUGGGCUCCGGCAUUCUCAUCGCUGCGCUUCCCAAAAUUGCUGACGACGUUGGCCUCUCUGAGAACCUCAUCCUCUGGCCCGCAGCGGUGUAUGCGCUCGCAGCUGGAUGCCUAUUGCUCAUCUUCGGUGCCAUCGCUGAUGUUGUCGGGGCCAAAUUGAUGUGGGUUACCGGGAGUUUUCUCUUUGUCGCUUUCACGUUGGCUGUUGGUCUUGCGCAGACAGGCAUUCAGGUCAUUCUUUUUCGCACUCUACUUGGAGCCUCGAUAUCGAUGUGCUUACCUACAGCUGUCAGCUUGAUAGCCAAUACCUUCCCCAAGGGACCUUGGAGAAAUGUCGCGUUUGCGAUCAACGGCAUGGGCAGUCCUCUUGGCUACGCUCUCGGCCUCGUUCUUGGAGGUAUCUUCACCGAUACGAUCGGCUGGAGAUGGGCUUACUACAUGAGCGCAAUUAUAAACUUUUGUCUGUCCACAGGCGCAAUCUGGUCGCUUCCCUCUGUUUAUACUCCAUCAGAGCGGAAAUGGACGACGCGCUUGAUGCAUGAGAUUGACUGGGUUGGAGCUACCACUAUGAGUGUUGCGCUCGGCAUGCUGCUCUAUGUCCUUGCCAUGAUCUCAUCGUCGUAUAAAAGGCUGGAUGACCCGCAAAAUAUUGCACUGUUGACCGUUGCCAUUAUUCUGUUAGCUGCAUUUCCCUUCUGGAUGGACUAUCAGGUCAAGCGCGGAAAGCCAGCCUUGAUACCCAACAGCCUCUGGAAGAAUCGGUCUUUCACAUCAGUUUGUAUUGCUGUCUUCUUGUGCUGGGCUUCGCUGAAUGGUAUUGAGUAUUUCACAACGCUAUACUUCCAAAAGGUCGAGGGUCUGUCGGCUCUAGAAAGCUCCCUCAGAUUUCUACCGCAUGUCAUCAUGGGUGUGGCGGUCAACAUCAUCACUGGCUUCCUCAUCGCCAAAGUUAAGGUUCGCACGUUAGCUGUUGUCUCAGCACUUGUGACAAUGGUGGCCGCCCCUCUGAUGGCCACCGUUGACGUUGGUGAGAACUACUGGCUUGCUCCUUUUUGGGCCAUGUUCCUUUCACCCGUCAAUCCGGAUGUAUUAUUCACUGUGUCAAACCUCGUGAUUUCCGACGCUUACCCCCCAGAGAUGCAGUCCCUCGCUGGUGGUGUCUUCAACGAAGUCGCUCAAUUUGGCAACUCAGUCGGUUUGGCCAUUACCGCCGCAAUUGCUGCUUCAGUUACAGAGCACUCCAACAUCACGGAACGCCAAGAGGCUUUGAUGAAAGGGUAUCGGGCUGCAUUCUGGACCAUCUUUGCCAGCUGCAGCACUGUCACCAUUGUAGUAUGGCUUGGUUUGAAGAAGGGCGGUAUCGUUGGAAGGAAGCAGGAUUAAUUAUGAGUGUCCAG